GCAUACCUAACUAGAGGUGUUCCGAAUGAAAACGGAUAUGGCGGUUAAUAUUUCGGGAACUGUUUUAGCUUCCCUUUACUAUGACAAUUCGUCGAGUAUCGGAGAUCAGACUGGUUUUCUUAUUGGAGAAGUAGUACAUCAUAUACAUGAUACAAUCAGUGACUCGCAAAUAAAUAACAGAGAAGUGAAGACCAAAACAUAUGUAUUUGAGUGUUUAAGAUGUCCCAAAGACCAGCUGUUUUAUAAUGGUAAAGGAGAUAUACAAGUGGAAAAGGUCAAAGACCUCCUACGUGAUAAACACAAGAAAGUUGUUGGUUGGUACUGUUUUAGAAGGAAUUCGACUAUCCGACCAUCAUUUAGGGAGAGACUGUUGCACUAUAAUCUGACUCGGACAUUUGUCCAAGAUGGGGACAAGUUCUUGUUUUUAUUGUGCUCUGCCAAGACCAGUACGAACAGGUCAACACACACGUUUGAUCACAGUUUUCUACAUGUUGAUAAUGAUGUAUUCAAGAAAGUGCCUGUAGAGAUUACAAAUCUAGGUGAUACAACACAUACCGAGUAUAGGAGUGAGGCCAGUCAUACUGUAGAUAGCACACAUGGUGCCUUUAGUCGCAUUGUACAGUCACAUGAGGGUGAAUUUCUCAAUACAUUUGGACAGAUGGAGGUAAAGAAGGUGCAGAUGCUCAAUGGUGCUAUAAGGAGACAACUAGAUAGUAUAUCCCAAACAGUGAUAGAUAGUGAGGCAAAAUGUAGUGACCUUGAACAGGAGGUCGCUAUGUACAGAAAGAGAGCAAAGUUAAAACUUCUAGAACAACAACAACAGGCUUUACAGCAGCAAAAAGGGUCAAAAGUGAGCAAAGGUCCAUCAGUAGAUGACAUUUUAUCAAUGGAUCAAGUAGAUGACCUUCCUUCUGAAAUAUUAGUGGGUCAAGGUCAAAAAGAAAGAACUAAAGGUGAAAGGUCAAAAGGUGAUGUGGAAUUGAAAUCUAGCACAGGUAUGAAACAGCAAGACAUGGAGACAGAAUCAAACUUACUCGACAGAUAUAGUGAUAUGAACGAAAAGAAAACGCAUCCAGUGAAAUUGACUGCUCCUGCACAAAUGCAUUCGCGUUCGUCAUCGUUACCUGUAGACACGUCAAACAUCAACUCUAGUCAGUUAAACACUGCGCAUACAAGGAGUAAAUCUGGAGAUGCCAGUGAAGAAAAAUCGAAACCUGUUAAAAAUGACACCAAAGGAAACAAUAGUGAAGAUCCUUUUGACUUUGUAGGAAGCAUGCUAGCUGAAUCAAAGAAAGAUACACAAAAAUCACAUAAUUUAGGACAAUUAAAGAAAAAAGAUACCAGUGUUGAUAUGGAGACAGAAGAACCGAUACCUAGUAAAUUUGCAGAUCAAAGACAAACAAGACAUAAAGAUGCAGCUGUUUCUGCAGCUAAAUCAUUUAAUCCGAGUACGCGAUUAACUAGAGGUCAGAAGUUAAAAGGUCAAGAACAAGUGACGGAAAGUGUUGUAGGUAAAGGUCAAAUUUCAAACAAUUUAUUGCAUGAAAAUACAGAGGAGGGUGAUGGACUUAAGUUUGAAAAGUCUAAAAAUCACGGAAAUUUGAAAACUUGCGGACAGGAAGUCACAGAGAUUAUGACAGACGAGGACUCGACAUCACAAGAUAAUUAUGAAAUGGACGUGUCAGCCUCUCCAGUCUAUUGAGUAUAUUGGCUUUUUUCCGUCUAGUCAUUCUUUUUCAUAUUCUAACGCCACAUUCAUCCUUUUACUAGACUCUUUUUCUCCACAAUUCUGCAAGAAGAGAAAGUUUAUUUUUGUCAUGUGUGGAAAAUAUCCAACUUAAUUAAAGGAGGUUGCUCAUCAUUCAGCUGCAUUUCUAAAAAAUGAAUGUUGUAAAGUAAAGGAUGUGGGAUUUUUGCAUGAAAUAGGGUCCGGUAAUCUGAUUAUCUAGGUCUUGUCCCAAUAGGCUAAAUAUUAAAAAACAAUCAAAUCUUGAAAAUUUCCAAAAAUUGAUAAGAUUUCCCACAACUUGAGUGUCAGGACAUGUAAUGGUUUUUCAUGAAAGAACUCAAAUAAUGAAAGGUUUAUUAUCAGAAAAAGCGAAUGUCUAAACCAAGUUUAUUAAAUUUUCAAGAUUUUUAUUUGGUUACCAUCACUUCCAAGUUUAAUUGGCAAUGAAUGAUUGUUGCAAAAAAAAAAUGAAUACUUGUAAUUUUCCACAAAGAAACUUUGAAAUAAAUAUUUCUAGACAUAAUUAGACCAAACACAAAUUCUAUAUUGUAUGAUUCAACUUUAUAUUCAUAAUUUUCCACCUGAAUUGUUUUGUGAUUUUUAUAUGUACCACCUUAUAUUUAUGAAGGUUUAUUAACUUAUUACCACUGAAUAUAAAUUCUUGACAUAAAUAUUUGUUCUAUUUUUGCCACAAAAUAUUUCACUAAGAACAAUUAUUGGAAUCCCCUAAUAUUAGUGGGUUUAUUUUGUGGUAAUCUUUAGUUUGUCAUAGACUAUAAUGACAACAUAUUAGGAUUGUGUUAACACACUGUAUGUUGUGUAAAUGAUGUAUUAUGUGUUUUAAACAGUUCAUGUUUCAUAUUUUCACAUAUAAU